ACGGCCGCCGCGUCUCCAUGGAAAUGGCCCAGGCAUCCACGCAGCCGAGAGCACUAUGGCUACUGGGGAGCUCGGGGACUUGGGCGGCUACUACUUCAGGUUCUUGCCUCAGAAAACCUUCCAGUCUCUGAGCUCUAAGGAGAUCACCAGCCGGCUCCGCCAGUGGUCCAUGCUGGGCAGAAUCAAGGCGCAGGCAUUCGGCUUUGACCAGACCUUUCAGGCCUAUCGGAAGGAUGAUUUCGUUAUGGCUUUUUUCAAAGACCCAAAUGUUAUUCCCAAUUUGAAGUUACUUUCAGAUUCUUCUGGACAAUGGAUCACAUUAGGAACUGAAGUGAAAAAAAUUGAAGCUAUAAAUGUUCCUUGCACACAGCUUUCAAUGUCAUUUUUUCAUCGAUUAUAUGAUGAAGAUAUUGUACGAGACAGUGGACAUAUUGUUAAAUGUUUAGAUUCUUUUUGUGAUCCAUUUCUCAUUUCUGAUGAGUUACGAAGAGUUUUGCUAGUGGAAGACUCAGAAAAAUAUGAAAUAUUCAGCCAACCAGAUAGAGAAGAGUUCCUGUUUUGUCUUUUCAAACAUCUUUGCCUUGGCGGAGCCCUUUGUCAAUAUGAAGAUGUGAUUAGCCCAUAUCUGGAAACAACAAAGCUUAUCUAUAAGGAUCUGUUGAGUGUUCGAAAGAAUCCUCAAACCAAGAAAAUACAAAUUACCUCUUCUGUCUUUAAAGUUUCAGCCUAUGAUUCUGCUGGUAUGUGCUAUCCUUCAUCAAAGAAUCAUGAACAGACAUUUUCUUACUUUAUUGUGGAUCCUAUCAGGCGUCACCUUCAUGUUUUAUACCACUGUUAUGGUGUGGGAGACAUGUCUUAAUGCUCUUUCAGAUUAUGUACCUCUACUAUUUUUUAUUUAUCAUUUUUCUAUCUUAAUACUAACUUAUAGAUAAACAUAUACUUUGCAAAUUAAUUCAAGAAAAAUGUAAGGAGCCUACUUAGAGCAGAAGAAAGCAAACACCAAGAUGCCUUUUUAAAAAUUUGUGUGGAAUACUAACUGGGGAUCAAAUUUCAUCUGUAAUAAAAUCUAUACCAAAAAA